AUGAAACCCUUUCCGAUCCAGCCGCACACCGCCGCGUAUCAAUUCCGCGAUAGCCUCAGCAUGGCCGUAUCUCGCCGCAACCAUGAGCGGCGUCCACCCAAGACGGCUCUCCACGUCCGGGUUCGCGGAUUCAGCCAAAAGGAUCCGAAUGCAAUCACUCCCGCAGCCAUGACGGGCCGCCACAUGCAGUGCCGCUUCCCCCUGCGCGUUGAACUCGUCGGUGGGUACGCCGAGCUUGACGACGGACUCUAG